UCACUCGAGUCGGCUCGAAGGAGCACGGACUCAGGAGUCAGGAGCAGCGGAAAGUCGCCGUGCGGCACUACCGUCGUGGAGGGUUGUGGAAGGUAUGAUCCGAGUAUUUAUGUAACUUCACUUUGAUGAGGCGGAAGACGGCUGGCUGCUGUCAACGAACCGGGACGACGGACAAGGCCUCGCGAGGUAAAGGACAAGGGUAGCGACGUGUCGGCGCGGCGGCGGAGAGAGCGAAAUCGGCGAAUCGCUUGUUUUGCAGACGUGCGAAGUUGCGGGCUUCUUCGCGGGCCGCCGCGUUAGGAUCCCGAGGAUGGGCUCCGGCCAGAGCGCCCGCAAGCUCACCAUCUCGAACGAGGAGGAGGUCGGGGUGAUCAAGGUCUCGAACGCGAUCGUCCAGCGUCUUGCUCAGAGCGAGAGAGCGAGGGCCCGCGAGCCACCGUCGGACGCCCGGAGACCCGGUACCCCCCAGCACUCGGCGUCACCCAGUGCCACGGCCGUCGCGCCCCAGCCGAGCGAAGCGGCGCCCGGGCAGCCGGUAUAUUAUUAUCCGGAGUUGACGGUGUCCGCUCUACGAAUGCAGCAGCAAAUGGAGGAGGAGCUGAAACGGCAGGAUCAGUACUGGCAGAAACGCCUGCAGAAACUGGAGCACGGUUACCAAAAGGUCAAUCGUGUCCUGGAGGACGAGUACAAGAAGGCAGCUGUCGAGACCGCCGUUGCUAAUCCCGGACAGAAAAUUGCCGAUAUUCAGAAUACAGUGCAACCGUGUUUGGAGAACAGUAAUAAAGUCCUGAAGUGUUUCCAGGACCAUCCCAAGGAGACUCUCAACUGUUCGAACUUGGUGGAAGAGUUUUCCAAUUGUGUCUGGAACGUGCACUACACACGCAUGAUCGAAACGCGCUCGUAAUACAUUCUACUUGCGCGUCUCGUAGAUCACGGCAUCUUCGAAGGGCAUUUAGUUGAUAAAUAAUAAAUUAUACAUCAAAGUGUAAUGCCUAAAAUGCUUAUCUCAGCGGAAUUGUCGCUGACGGAAAGUAGUGUACAGCGAACAGUACAAGAGGAAAAAUGUAAAAAAUAAAUGAAUAUAUAUAUAUAUAUAUACAUAUAUAUAGUGAUUUAUAAUAAAAUUAUUGUUACAUUCACGAGAUGAAUAUUGUUAAGUCCAAACAGAGUAUGUUUCUUUUAUCCGAAUGUAAGCAGCGAUAGAAUUUUAUGAUGCUGUGACAUAAAAUUUAUUAACUGAAA